AUGAACGGCACCAAGACCGUCAACGGUGCCAACGGCACCAACGGCAUCAACGGCACUAAUGGUACCAAUGGCAAGCUAAAGGCGGCCAAGGCCAACAUUGGCGUCUUCACAAACCCCAAGCACGACCUGUGGAUAAGCGAAGCCACGCCGACGCUGGAGAGCGUCCAGAAGGGGGAGGAGCUCAAGGAGGGCCAGGUCACCAUCGCCAUCAGGAGCACAGGCAUCUGCGGGUCGGAUGUACACUUCUGGAAGCACGGCUGCAUCGGCCCCAUGAUCGUCGGGUGCGACCACAUCCUCGGGCACGAGUCGGCGGGCGAGAUCGUCGCGGUGCACCCGGGGGUGACGAGCCUCAAGGUGGGCGACCGGGUGGCGGUGGAGCCGCAGGUCAUCUGCAACGCGUGCGAGCCGUGCCUGACUGGCCGGUACAACGGGUGCGAGGCCGUCGACUUCCUGUCCACCCCGCCCGUGCCGGGCCUGCUGCGCCGCUACGUCAACCACCCGGCCGUGUGGUGCCACAAGAUCGGCGACAUGUCGUACGAGGACGGCGCCAUGCUCGAGCCCCUGUCUGUCGCCCUCGCCGGCCUGCACCGAGCCGAGGUCCGCCUGGGCGACCCCGUGCUCGUCUGCGGCGCGGGCCCCAUCGGCCUCAUCACCAUGCUCUGCGCCAAGGCCGCGGGGGCGUGCCCGCUGGUCAUCACCGACAUCGACGAGGGCCGGCUGCGGUUCGCCAAGGAGAUCUGCCCGGAGGUGAUCACGCACAAGGUGGAGCGCAUGUCGGCCGAGGAGGCGGCCAAGGCCGUGGUGGCGAGCUUCGGGGGCAUCGAGCCCGCGGUGGCGCUCGAGUGCACCGGGGUGGAGAGCAGCAUCGCGGCGGCCAUCUGGGCGGUCAAGUUCGGAGGCAAGGUCUUCGUCAUCGGCGUCGGCAAGAACGAGAUCCAGAUCCCCUUCAUGCGCGCCAGCGUCCGCGAGGUCGACCUGCAGUUCCAGUACCGCUACAGCAACACCUGGCCACGCGCCAUCCGCCUCGUCCAGAACGGCGUCGUCGACUUGUCCCGCCUCGUCACCCACCGCUUCGGCCUCGAGGACGCCCUCAAGGCCUUUGACGCGGCGUCGGAUCCGAAGACGGGCGCCAUCAAGGUGAUGAUUCAGAGCUUGGAUUGA